AUGAGUUUCAGAGGUGGUAACAGAGGUGGCCGCGGAGGCUUCAGAGGAGGCCGUGGUGGUGGCCGUAUGGGUGGGAGACCAAUACAACAAGGUCCACCAGAUUCUGUUUUAGAAAUGGGGUCCUUCCUACAUGAAUGUGAGAAUGACAUUGUUUGCCGUUCGAUAAAUACCAAGAUUCCAUACUUCAAUGCCCCAAUAUACUUAGAAAAUAAAACGCAAAUUGGUAAGGUUGAUGAAAUUUUAGGUCCAUUAAAUGAAGUGUAUUUCACAAUUAAGUGUUCAGAAGGGGUUCAAGCCAAGAGCUUUAAAGAAGGUGACAAAUUCUACAUUGGUCCAGAUAAACUUUUACCAAUCGAAAGAUUCUUACCAAAACCAAAGGUUGUAGGCCCACCAAAACCAAAAUCUAAGAAGAAGAAGGGAACUGGUGCACCAGCUGGUCGUGGAGGUUCCAGAGGUGGUUUCAGUAGAGGUGGCCGUGGUGGAUCUCGUGGUGGCUUCAGUGCCCGCGGUGGUUCAAGAGGUGGAUUUGGAGGUCGCGGUGGAUCCCGUGGUGGAUUUGGUGGCCGUGGAGGCUCAAGAGGUGGAUUUGGUGGAUCCCGUGGUGGAUCUAGAGGUGGGUUCGGUGGUAGAAGAUAG